AUGGCAACUCCGUUGGCACAAGUGAAAAUAGAACCGGGACUCGUAAUCAAGGGACAGUUUUGUGUGAAGAAGAAGCUCGGCGAAGGAGCGUGCGGACAAGUGUUCCUCGUCGAUCUCCUCAAAGGGGUCACCAGAUUAUCGAUUUUUUUUCAUUCACAUUUUUUUUUGGUUUGCAGAAGGGAAAAGCGGCGAUGAAGGUGGAGCCGUUGAUGAAGAACAAAGAGUACGAGGUGCUCAAGAUGGAGGUGUUUGUGCUCAAGAAACUGCAGAGCUCUCGCCACGUGUGCCGGCUUCUCGGAUCUGGAAAAACGGACACUUAUACGUAUGUUGUCAUGAGUCUUCUGGGAAAAGAGGUAUUUGAGUUCAGUUCUUAAUCGCAAGGCCGGAAAAUUACCUUUUUCUCAAUUUCCAGAUCGCCGGAAUCAGAAGACGAAUGCCGGGCCGCAAGAUGUCGUCGAGUUCGACCGUCCGAAUAUUCAUCCAAGUCGUCAAGGGCCUUCAGGACAUCCACGAGGCGGGCAUCGUGCACAGAGACGUGAAACCGAACAAUAUGGCGUUGGGCGACAGGAACGAGAAAGUCGUGUACAUUUUCGAUUUCGGACUGUCCCGCCAGAUCAUGUUGCCGGACGUGAAUGGCGUUCUGAAGCUGCGCGAGCCGAGAAACAAGUCCAUGUUCCGGGGGACCGUGCGGUAUUGCAGUCUGAACGUGCACCAGCACAGGGACCAGGGACGGCACGACGAUCUUCUCAGCGCCCUGUACAGCAUGAUCGAGACGGUGACGGCGACGUUGCCGUGGAAGGGAAUGGGCACGAGAGAGACGAUGCGCGCCAAGGAGAAGACCGCCGACGCCGUCUUGUGCAAGGUGAGCAAGUGCGCUCCACCGCACUCAUUUUUGAAUUGCAGAACUGUCCGAAAUCGUUUCUCGAAAUCGCGUCGGCCCUUCGCAAACUCACCUACUUUGACACGCCGCCAUACUCGAUGUUUAUGGAAAAACUGAAAGGAGACCUGCCGAAAGGUGUGAAAAUGUACUCUUUUGUGUGCCAACAUCAAUAAAUCAACGAGAAGGACCAAUGAUUGCAGGACGGACGCGUACGAGUGGAACCUCAAAGGACAACAACUCGACGAGAACAACAACGAAGUGUCGGGCAGGGACCACGCGGAACUGCUCGGCGGCACCGACACACUCAACGAGGUGGACGAGAGUGUGAUCACCGAGGACCGCGCGACGACCGAAUCGAACACGGACGACUUUGGACCCGAGGACACGCUCGAUAACCUCUGA